UUGAGGUGUAAGGACUGCGGACAAAAUGUCGUCCCACAAGACUUUCAGGAUCAAGCGCUUUCUCGCCAAGAAACAGAAGCAGAACAGGCCCAUCCCACAGUGGAUAAGAAUGAAGACUGGCAACAAGAUCAGGUACAACUCCAAGAGGAGACACUGGAGGAGGACCAAGCUGGGCUUGUAAAUAUACAGGUCUUCAGAUCUCCAGCAUUCACGGCAUCUUCACCUGCCAAGGCCACCACCUGCUAGAACCUGGAGAGGAAAGCCAUGCUAUCUUGAAUGGCAGUCUUUUUGUACAAAUACUCUGGUUAUGCGCGUGUUUAACAAUAAAAGAUUUGCGAAACGAGAUCUUUUCAAAGUUGUAGAUAAAAUUUUCACCUUCCCAUGUAUGCACAGUGGCAAGAAAAAGUAUGU